AUGGUAUUUUGUAACAGUGCAUUCGGAGAAGUUUGUCGUGAGGGAUUAGGUUUAGAAGAUGGGUUUUAUGGGAAGAGAACUCGACGGAAGGGAUUGCUGCAUGUUUUAAGAUUAUUAGCUAGUAAAGUGGCCUCGUGGGUCGUAAAAGGAAAGUGAAUGCUUUCGGUGCGGGUUGUAAAGUUUGUUCUAAACCCAAGUCUACGACCGGUUAAUGCAGCUUGGAAAUCUGAGUUCUUUCUGGUGUGCCCUCGUUUCAGAUCUCUAAGCUCUUCGCCUACGCAAGGUUCGGGAAAAGAUUUUGACGAUCGAACUAAGGCAGAUUUUGAAAAAUUUACAAAAGAUCUAGAUGAUAAAUUGAAGCGCAGUAAUCUGAAUGAAACCAAAAAUCCUCAGUUUAAACAAGAAAAGCAACAGGUUCCUUCAACUUAA